AUGUCUACUCAUCUACAAUCCCCCAUACUGUCUAUCCAAUCAAUCAUGUUAAAGCCCCAAACCCAUGCACCCAGCACCAACGGUGCCAUCAUCAAAGGCAUCAACUUCCCCCCUGCCUCGUUCUGCGGCGGUGCCCCGAGUGGUUCUGGAGGCGGCGCUUCUCCAGAGUUCGGUGUGUCCGCGGAACUUGAGCCACCUCCAGGACCAGAAACUGUAGGAGUUGUCUCCGUAACAAAAGUCGUAAAGGUCGUCGUCGUCAAAAUACUCUCAGACCGAGAAGAAAUUCCACCGUCCACAACCGAUGGUGGCGACGAAGAGGAAGAAUGGCCCAAGCAAGAGCACGGGAUUGGGGGUGUCUACCAUCACAAAGUUAGCCUUCCACUCCAAGACACCGAGAAGUGA